CGCACAACGAGUAGGUCGCGAUUAUCUUGCAGCCUUGGAGGAAGGGAGCUAACGCAUUCGUCAUCAAAGCUGAUAAUAUUGAAAGUUUUUAGAAUCCUGCACAGCUAGAGGCAUGCUGGCCCGAGGGCUGAGGUGCCUUUCUCUGCGAUGUUCACAUACUAAUAUUCAGAAGCCCUUGGAUGCUGCAACGACUUCUGUUGUACCGGGGUCCAAAGAGGCAUGGGAUCGUCGGCUGAAACUGAGGAAGCCGAAGCUACAACGAGAUGAGAUGUUAUCCGCUAAGGUGUAUUACGCUCCUGAGUGGGAGCUAGACAAGAAGCCCAAUAAAGACGCUGGUUUCCCUGAUCCUUUGAAGAAUUAUGGCAUGAACCCGGAAAAGUGGGAAUACUACAAUAAGGUGGUAUGGCCACCGAAUUAUAUCGUUCCUGAGACUGGACUACCGAAAAUGAGGGAGGUGUUCCAUUGCAGAGAAUCGAUACACUUCUCGCCAAAGCGUAUGUGGCAAGCCUGUCAACUAGUAUGGCGAACCAAUGUCGAUGAAGCAAUAACUCAGUUGAAUUUUCAGCAAUUAAAGAGUUGCAAAAUUCUUGCUGAAGUUUUGAGCGAAGCUAAGGAACGAGCAGAGAAAGAGUUUCACAUUGAAUAUCCAUCGGAGAUGUAUGUUGCGGACGCGUUUCCUGUCCAGUGCAAUAUAAUCAAAGGAGCUCGUAGGCAUGCUCAUGAGAAUUGGUGCACCAUACGUUACCGAUACAUAAACGUGUUUGUACGGCUUGAGGAGGGUGAUCCCCCACCUUUCCGAACAAGGGAAAAACUGAAAAACGGUUGGGAACACAUGGAAGCUUACUACAAGUAUCUUAGGUCACGAAGCAAAAAGUAUAGUAUAUAAUGUAGGUUUUAUGAGCUUGUUAUUGUCCAUCAAUAAAUGAUUCUGA